AACGGGAGAAACGACGGCCUGAACCUACGCUGCGAUUAUACCAUGUCCUUGGGCUGACUUGUCCGAAAUCUCUGCAAGGCUAUCAAAACGUUCAAACGGAGAUUGACCAGCAAGUCGCCCUUGUAGACCUAUUAUAGAGCUGCCUUAUCAUGCAUAUAAGUGCGACACAGGGCUCUUCCGUCAAGCGUCCGGAUCGACCUCCCAGCACUUCGUCCGAACGUCAUGUAUCGACCAACAGCGUUGAUGGUUUAUAGGUGCAUCCUGAUUACGCUUUGGUUACAGUUCAUCUUCUUUGUCUCUGCUCUCCCUGUGGAAGUCCAGACUAUCCUGUCUGACGCAACAGUGAAAGAUGCCAAGGUUCUCAUCCUGGGUGGCGGGGUAGCCGGCAUCAUCGCCGCACGUACUCUGCAUGAACAGGGCAUCUCAGACUUCCUCAUUGUUGAGGCUCGCCAUGAACUAGGGGGAAGAAUGAUGAAUCGCCCAUUUGGUGUCGUUGACCAUGAGUAUUCCGUCGAAGUUGGUGCGAAUUGGGUACAAGGUACUCGAACUGGUAACGGUCCUGUGAAUCCUAUUUGGACGCUCGCGAAGAAACAUAACAUCAUAACGCGGAGAAGUCAUUUCUUCGAAAGCCUUUCGACAUUUGAUGAAAACGGCCCAGCUGACUUCAGUGGCGAUUUCUCCACUGCCGUGCGGAAUUACAACCGAUUGACAGGAUCAGCCGGUGCGCGCAUUCCUAAAGGCCUUGUCGAUACAACUGCACGUGGCGGUUACUCCAUGGUCGGCUCGAAACCUCUGACGGCGCAUGAAAUGGCGGCGGAAUACUUCUUGUUUGAUUGGGAAUUCUCACAAUCUCCGGAAGAGACAUCUUGGCUCGCAUCAUCUUGGGCUAAUAACUUCACUUUCAGACCAGAUGCAGGCGGGUUCUCAGACAAGAACAGAAUGGCGGUCGAUCAACGUGGAUUUAAGGCGCUCAUUCAACAUGAGGCAGCCGAAUUCUCAGGGUCUGAGUCAAGCCGAGUUCUUUUGAACUCUACAGUCAGCAUCAUUGAGUACUCUGCCAAGGGUGUUCAAGUAACCUUGACCGAUGGGACAAAGCUGAAAGCCAAUCAUGCUAUUUGUACAUUCAGUCUUGGUGUUCUACAACACGACGAUGUUCGCUUCAUACCUUCGUUGCCCACAUGGAAGCGAGAAGCUAUUCAUAGUAUGACAAUGGGUGUAUUCACUAAGAUAUUCCUACAGUUUCAGCAGAAGUUUUGGUUCGAUACUGAGAUGGGUUUAUACGCCGAUCGAGAACGUGGCCGUUAUGCCGUUUGGCAAAGCCUUGACCAUGAUGAUUUCUUCCCGGGAUCUAGACUCAUCUUCGUCACCGUCACUGGUUCCUUCUCAAAGCGAAUCGAAGCCUUACCGAAUUCAGCCGUGAAGGCAGAGGUGCUCUCUGUCCUGCAGGCUAUGUGUCCAAAUAUCACGAUUCCGCAACCAAUCGACUUCUAUUUUCACCACUGGCAUUCUGACCCGCUGUUUCGAGGUUCGUACUCAAACUGGCCUGCUAACUUCCUUCCGGAACACUCGGCCAACUUGAGAGCAAAUGUGGACGAGAGACUCUGGUUUGCUGGGGAAGCCACUAGCAAGAGAUAUUUCGGUUUCUUACAUGGUGCUUACUAUGAAGGAGAGGCGAUAGGUCUCGCCGUCGCGGAUUGUAUCAAAGGAGGAGGGUGUGUUGGGUUGGAACAUGCCGAGCAAGUCAAGAAUGCUAGCCCUUAUGAUAUCUUUUGAUCAGUUUAGGAGCUACUUUUAUACGUUCAUUUCUUGCUUUGUUCUCACCUUCUUUCAAUUGUACUAUAGAUAGCGCUUUGGAUAUCCAAGCUCGCCGACUGGCAAAAGACAUUUGUAACCCACGGUGAAUUGUGAAUCUACAACCCUUUCUGCACUAUUCACUUGAGCAUCUUCUCAAGUCCGUGCCUAUCGCUGACAGCGGUCUUGCGUGGUUGUACCAUGCAUGUCACAAGCGAUUCAAGCUUGAUCUCAUGUGACGUUCUGAUAUUGAAGGUCGCAAUCCCGCUGUAAAGAAUCCAAAAUUCUUAUCAAGAAGGUGCAGUGAGUUGUAUUUGAUCCCUUUGGUCACCUGGCGUAUGAACAUUGUCGCAUGGUGAACUUCAGGGGUACGAGUCAAGUUUUGUUAUCACUGAGACUUCAAGUUGUACUAACCUACACAAAAUAAUAUGAGCCUGAGAGU